AUGUUAAAACUAACACGCGAAGAACACUCUUUUUUAUCAGCUGCUCAACCACAUUCAGUUGAAAUGCUGUAUGUUAGGAAUAUUUUUCAUCCAACCAAUGAACGUCCACGUUCUCGGUUGUUUAUUGCUCGUCUCAUACCAAAAUUAAUCUAUGAAUGGCGUGAUGACUUUAGUUUUUCAUCACGUAUUCUCUGUAUUUAUGCUGCCGUUUUUCUUCUAUUGUUCUUUCUUACCAUUCAAGUCAUUAUUCAAGAAUUACCUGACAUACAAACUUGGCAAGAUAAUAUUCAAGUUGUGGCUGAUGCUUUAGUGAUAGUCUUUGAUAAAGCUGAUGCAAUUAUAUCACGAAAAAGGAAACAAUUCGCUUUUCCUAUACCAUCACUCAAAAAUCCGUUUAUUGUUGCUGUUUUUACAGCAUUAUUCAUUACACUUAUUCAAAUAUUGGUCUUAUUAGCAAGUAUACGACGAAAUUUAUUACAAAAAUUUCGAGGUUAUCAUACUGAAAUACCAAAACAAAACUUUACUAAGAAUGUCAUAUAUGCCAUAGGAAAUUUUCAUUUUGCCGGCUAUUUUAUUGGUUAUGUAUUGUGGGGUUACAUACUCAUUGGCAUUUUCGUACUCUUAAUUUAUGUUACUAUUAUUUCGUUUAUUUUAUACGAUGCAAUCAUAUCAUAA